CGCCGCCCGCCCCUUCCCGCCGCCGCUUUCGGAUUUCGAGUCCCGGAGAGACGCGGCGCCCGGCGAGGCCCCGUCGAACCUUCCAGACACAACAGCCACCGGCUGCCCGCGCCCGGCGCCGCUGCCCCUCGCGGGGCUCUCUCCGGGGGACACGGAGCUGCUUGACAGGAGAAACACGCCUGCCCCAGCCAGCGAGAGCUGGCGGCCGCCGCACCGUUGCCUACCGAGCGGCCGCUUCCCUCCCUCCGAGCCCCAUCUCCGCGCGGUCGGACCCCUCCACACCCGCCCGUCCCGGCGCCGACGGAACGGGACUGUUCUGGGCAGCGAGGCUCCCCGUCGGCGGUUCCCUUCACUAGCUCGCUCGCUCCCGUUUCACCUUUCUCUUGGGCAUGGCGAAGCUGCGCGGCGGCAGUUCCCGGCCGCUACUCCCGGAGCUGCGGUCGCUCCCGCCCGGCUGCUGCGCGCUCUAGGUGCCUCACGGCGAGCCGCUGCGGCUGCCUGCGAGCCAGCCUCGCUACGCAGGGAAACCGCCUUCCCCCCCUCCCCAACCCCCCCUCCUCCCCCCAUCCCAGCAGCGCCAGCGGCACCGCAACAGGAUCCAGCCGGAUUGAAGGGGGAGGGGGCGACGGUGUGGGGGACGCUCCCCGCUCCCUGGCGGGGGCCGGCCCCGCCCGCCCGAAGGGGCGCCUCACGCUGGGCGGGGCCGGCGCCCGCCAGCGGCACCAAUUGCGCGCAUGCUCCCCGCCCCGUCUCGCGCGAGGCGGCCUUUCCCUGCGAACCGCCGGGAACGGGGCGGGGGGCGGGGAGGGGGGGACGGCCACUUGAUUGGCCAGCCCUGUCACGUGGCCGCACCUGUCCCCGAUUCCCCUCACCCAGACUCCCGCCCUCUCCCCCCCAGCUCGCCGUGGGCGGAGGAGUCGCCUCGUCCCUCCCCGGCACCGCCUGCCCGGGAACCCCGUGGUGCCCGGGGGGAGGCGCAGGCGCGGCAUGGCGGAGAGCGGCGCCUGGCUGCUGGUGCUCAGCGCCGUCUUUCUCUGCAACGCUCUCAAGAUCCUCCUGCCGUCCUGCUCCUCCAUCAUAUCCAGAUUACUACAAAAGGAUGCAGAGCAGGAAUCCCAAAUGAGAGCUGAAAUUCAGAACAUGAAGCAAGAACUCUCAACCAUUAGUAUGAUGGAUGAGUUUGCUAGAUAUGCCCGUCUGGAAAGAAAGAUUAACAAAAUGACUGACAAGCUUAAAACUCACGUGAAAGCACGAACUGCCCAAUUAGCCAAAAUAAAGUGGGUUAUAAAUAUUGUAUUCUACAUCUUACAAGCUGCCUUGAUGAUCUCCCUGAUUUGGAAGUACUAUUCUGAGCCAGUUACAGUGCUUCCAAGCAAAUGGCUCGCUCCACUAGAGCGCCUGGUAGCUUUUCCCACAGGAGUGACAGGUGGUGUUGGAAUUACAUGUUGGCUUGUGGUAUGUAAUAAAGUUGUAGCUAUCAUGCUACACCCUUUCAGCUGAAGGAAUCCUCAUAAUCCAUGGAGUCCUCAACUACAUUUUUAUUAUCCUUGUUUUAAGUGAAUAAAGCAAAAGAAGGAACAUCUGUCUGUCAUGAGACUAGGACUGAGACAAUCUUUGUUACUUCAUUUGCAUAUCAGUCAGCAUUUCCUUUGAUUUAUUUUGCCUUUCCUUGUUAUAGUUUUCAGUUUGGUGGGCAAUUACCAAGGAAGAACAUUACAGUUUAUAGAACCUCAUUUUGUGUUUGUUAUGACCAGUAUAAACACUGAUUGAUGGCAGAACUGUAAGACUUUGUCAUGGUCCAUAUUCACCAAAAUCUAAAAGUGUUGGACUUGUAAAAUGCACUGACAUUGGGAAUUCAUUUGGGACAUUUGCUGUUUUGUUCCUGUAUAAUAUGGUUGUUUCACCCAAAGGUGAGAUUAUAUUUGGUGACAAGUGGUAGUAGACAAUAGAGGUAAUUGGUUUGCUUGGCUUAGAGUAAAACAGGAUUAGUUUCCUCUUUUUUUUUUUUUUUUUUUUUUACACUAAAGUUGGUGUAUUCUUGGACUAUCUUAGAAAGUGCACUACUGGUAGAUACACAGGAUCAGCUUUUUGUCUCUUAGGAGAAUCACUCGGUUGCCAACACAGGAUGGCUGGUAAUUUUUUUUUCCCUGACUUAAAAUUCUUGGAAUUCCUAUUUUAUUGAUAACUGACCUUUCCUUACUUGGUAUUUUUUCUUGUUCCCAAACAGAGGUAGGACCACUGAAACUUAUUUACUUCUGUGUUGUGGGAGGAAAAGUGUGGCCCAAGCUCCAUGGGCCUAAAUUUACUAAAGAGAAAGUAGAAGACAGCACACCUCCUUCAGAGGAUUACAUUUCUAAGGGUUUUGGUGUACACUAGUGACAGUCCGGGAUAACCCAAAACAGCUAAGUAAAUGUAAAAAGGCAAAUUAAUGAUUUAAAUGUCUAAAGUAGUGACAGAAUGGCAGCAAGAAGGAGGAGGGAAAACAAUUUUCUGAUUUGGACUAAAUCCUUCUUGCUGUAUUUAGGUACAGGAAAUGGACACAAUAUUUUUAAUUUAGAGGAGGACAGAUUUUUUUGUUGUACUUGUGCCUGCAGCACAGUGACAAAGUUGCAUUAGCUUCGGGGCUGCAGUGUUCUGUGACCCAAACCUUUAUUCUUUGCAUGAGGCUGAAGGAAGCUGUAGGGGACACCUUUUCUUCUUCUGCUAGGCUUUGUCAUGCUGGUUCAGCUGGUACAGUGGAAUGUAGCUGCUAUGUUAUUUCAGGUCCUCUGCCUUCCUACAGGAAGGAAGGAGUUAGGGCCCCUCAGUAAUUAGCACUGCAUUUAGAAAUCAGUUCAAAAGGUCAUGAUACAUUGUGUGUAUAUAUGCAUGAAAUGUGGGGGUUGAGGUUUUUUUAAUGUUAAUUUAAAGCAAAAAAUCUUUUUAUAUUAAUGAUUACAUUUAGCCAACGUGAAAAUAGAUGCACUAAAUAUAAAGAAAAACUGUUAUGAUUGAAUGUUACAUGUAAUUGUGGUUUUAUUAAUGAAAUAAAGCUUUUCAAGCCAUCUCAGGCCUUCUAAUCCGUUUAUCAAUGUUAAUUACAGUUUUCUUAAACAAAACCCCACAAAAACCAAAACCAAAAACCCAACCACUUCUGGCUUUGCAUAAGGAGAGAAUGUUUCAGUCAACAGGACAACUUGGUUUUUAUUUUUUUUAAAAA